CCGCCGGGCAGCACCGCGCCGCACCGCGCCGCACCGCGCCGCACCGCGGCCGCCCGACAGACUCCCUUCGCACUGACAGCUGCCUCCGGGCACCCCGGCGCAGAGAUGAACCCCACAGUCGGCAUCGCCGUCUUCCUGACAGUCCUCCAGGCCACCCACUGCCAGAUGAUCAAGGACCUGAGAGCCUGCCUCUUGGGCCAGAGUCUGCGGGUGGACUGCCGUUAUGAGAACAAAACCAGCAACCCCCUGACCUAUGAGUUCAGCAUCACCAAGGACAACAGGAAGCACGUCAUCCACAGCACCAUAAGCGUCUCUGAGAAUGCCUACCGGAACCGGGCCAACGUCACCAUGCACAAGAACCUGGUGUGCCUCUACUUGCAGAGCUUCACCACCAGCGACGAGGGCGUCUACAUGUGCGAGCUGAAGGCCACCAAUGACUACACCGGCAACCAGAUAAAGAACAUCACUGUCAUCAAAGACAAACUGGAGAAAUGUGCCGGCUUCAGCCUCUUGAUCCAGAACACCUCAUGGCUCCUGCUGCUUCUCCUUUCCCUGCCUCUCCUGCAAGCCGUGGACUUCGUGUCCCUGUGAAAGGAAAAGCACGCACACUCGCUCACCCAUAUACACACACACACACACACACACACACACACACAGCCCCCCCCCAAGCAAACCCGCUCCCCACCGCUGGAACGUGGCCCUUGGAAAGAGAAGCCGAACGAUUCGAAACGAA